CUUUCUAUGCAAAAGCUGUAUAAAUACACCUGCAGCUUUCCUCCGCACAGCAUUGCCUUCACACUCCUGAAGAGACUGAAGCAGCUAACCUUAACUAAGAGCUACAAAGAAACAGAGGCAUGGCUUCUCGAAUUGCAGUUCUCCUCCUGCUGGGUGUCAUCUGUGUUGGGUUUGCAUCAGCUGAGAUUGUGGUGGACUGCUGUCUGACGGUUGCUGAGAAGCCAUUGCCGCUCGCAAUCAUUCACAGCUACACCAUUCAGGAAGGUGGAAAAGGAUGUGAAAUCAGCGCCACUGCUUUCAUUACAAAGGUUGGAAGGAUACUGUGCGUCUCCCACCCCCGUGAUAAAGCGUGGGUGAGAAGUCACAUUAACUAUCUGGAUAAGAAAAGAUCUCAGUAAAAUCAGGUAUAAAGAGGAGAGGACUCCGGGAAAAGAUGGCUGAAGAACAAGGGGGUCUGACUCUAAACUGAGAGCUACAGACGUCAGAAUCCCUUCUGUUCCUGUUCAGAGUCUCAGAUGUGUGUGCUGAAAAAAACAAAAAACAUUCUAAUCUAAGUUGAAAAAUCUAGCUAGAAUGUGUUUUUUUUUUUGAUUUGUGGCUCUUCUCUUUGCCUUUUUAUCCUGUGAGUAAAAUGGAAAUAGAAAGAUAUGCCUGGACUUGCCUAAAUGAUGAAGCCUGGAACGGUUUUAAGCACAAGAUGUGCACGUGAAACACAUCACUAAAUGUUUGACAAUCUGUGUUUAUCUUGUAUAAUCAUGUUCUAAAAUUUCAGAGUUUUUACAGUUUGCCAUUUUCUUGUAUACUUGUACAAAAUGUUGAUAAUUUGUUUGUGUCAAAACUGUUGUUAAGUUAUUCAAAAAAUAAAGUGAUAUUUUUGUAACUUCUA